AUGAAAAUUGUAGAUAGUUGCUGUUUUUAUGUAAGUAAAAUUUUUAAUGUUUCGAAAUAUAAAUUUAUUUAUUCUAUUACAUAUGUUGUCAGUUUGUAAUUUCCAAUUAUAGAAUUUACCGACGUUUCGAUAAAGAAUCAGCAAUAUAGAAGCAGAAAAAAUCACCGUUGAAAAUUACAAUUUUAAUCUUGGUGAUUACUUGUUCAACUAAUCGAUUUUGAAAAGUGUAUAUAACAAUGGGCGCAGAGGAAUCUAAGAACCAAAGAGAUGCUGAACAUAAUGGCUUUACAAAAAGUCAAGUAGAGAUGUUACUUAAACAACAGAAACAAAUGUAUGAUGAAAAAUUAAAUGAAUUGUUACAUAAACAAAAUCAGAAGUCAGCCGAAAUGCGAAUCAGUGAAGAUGCUAUAAGGGCAGAAGCAAAGAAGGAAGUGGAGCGAGUAUUGAAGGAGCAAUUCGGGCAAAAUGUCCCGUCACCUCAGCCUUCUUGUAUCCCAAGCACUUCGACUACUCCCACACAAGCUCAAGUGCCCUUUAGAUCUCCUACAACUUACAGUUAUAGCCAAAAAGACCUCCAAAAUCUCGUGGCCACUGGAACACAUACAAGUUCACCAACUACUCAGCAAACUUCUUUGUAUCCCAAUAUUAGUACACCGCCCGCGUCUUCUCCAAGAGCGGUCCAAGACCCGUUUGAAUCAUAUGUGUUCGUCAAUAAACUGGAUGAAGCUAAAAGAUUGCAACCCACUGCCCCGCCAGCUUCAUCGCGAGAUAGAUCAACCUCAAGGCAACGCAACCGCAACAAUGAAGCGGAUAACGAAGUGAAAUGCCCGACAUGUAGAAAUACAUACACUUCGAAUAUUUACCAAUGCUCAAAAGGGCACAGUUCAUGUAAAACCUGCAAAGAUAAUGGUCGCCUUUGUGGUAUAUGCCGUGAUAUGAUCACUACCAUGAGGAAUAUUUCACUGGAAAUCUUUAUUGCUGAGAAAAAGGUGAAAUGCCCAAAUACGGAAAAUGGAUGUUCCCUCUGGAUAAAAAGAUGUGAUGUAGACACUCACCUUAAGGUGUGCAUAUUUAGAGAUAUGCCAUGCCCACUUUCUGACAUAUUUGGACUGUGCCUUUGGAAAGGUAAAUUAACCCAAAUGGCGUCCCACUUCGAUGAUGUACACCAGAUGCAUCGCCAGGCCGACGUCGACAAGGAAAUGUAUUUGCUGAACAUCAACAAUAACGUCAAUAUCGUUCACUUCAUCGUUAUAGGCACCUACAACUUUUUGUUCCAUGUAAAGAUUCAAGAUGACAAACUUUAUAUGACAACACAGGCUCUCGGCACAGACAAUAGUGCCCGCAAAUGGAUCUACGAGAUACACAUUUAUAAUAAAAGUGAGCCACGCAGAAAAUACCAGUACAUGGAUACAUGCCACUCCAUAAACAUCCCCGUUAAUGAAAUAAUCACUAACGCAAGAUGUGCAGUAAUCCCGUUAUCUUAUGCUUCCUCGUUUAUAAACGAAGACAAACUCACGUACAAGUUCUUUAUAAAGAAGGAAUUUAAUAACAAUGAAUUCCCUAAAAACAAUCGUGGACAGGGCGCUAGGCGAAGAACCUAGGCAUGACUUUGUUACAACUAUUUCUUUAUGUUUAUUCUCUGGUUUUAUAACGUAUAUAUGAUACUUAAAUAUAGAAGUACAAUAAAACUAGAUAUGAUGAAAGAUAUUUCUAAAGGUGACAGUCCCGCUUUUUUGCAACUACUUUUAGUUAUAAUGCGUCAAAGUAAGACGGUAAUAAAUAAAAAUAAUUAAUAUAAACGCAGAGAAUAAAUGCAAAAUAAAUAGUGGACGCCGUUCUCCAAGUUAACGAUGUCUUUUAAUAGGAAAUUGUAACGUUUAAUAUAAGUUCUUUUUUGCUGUUUCCUCCACUUAUAUCUAAAGCAUGUAUACUUGGAAUAUUAUAUUUUUAUCGUAUAAAUUAACAUGCAUGAUAUUUUAUGUAAUUAAUGGAAAUUUGAGUAUAAAGAUUAUAAUUUAUGACUAUGUUUUUGCUAUUAAAUUAUAAUCGUACAGCUCCAUCAUUUCUGUUAUUAAUAUUUCUUCUAUUUAUAACAUGAUAGUCAUUAAGACUACAUUGUAAAAUGUGUUUCGUAUUAGAAAAUAUGUUUAUUUUUUAGUACUACUAUUAUUUAACCAUAUAAACGACCUGCCCCGGAUUCGCACAGGUGCAAUAUUUUCGUAACUUUUAAACUGGUCGUCAUAUUUUAGUGAAGCUGGUACUUUGGCUCGUUUGAAAGUACUGCAUUAAUAUUCUAUAAGAUUUUAAAAUUAACGGCCUGUUUAGCAAAUAGGCCGUUGUUUUGUUGUAAGAUGUACGCAUUUAUAUAGUUUCUCCUGCGUCCUUUACUUCCGCGCCCUGCCUUCUGGCACAUCAAUUAACAUGUUGUAAAAAGUAAACUUUAUCUUCAUAAAUGCUCGAUUUAGCUAUUUCUUUCUAUAAGAGUUUUUAAAUAUAUAUUAAACCUGUAAAACUAUUUUUUUUGACUGAGAUAUUAAACUUAGAUAUAAAGCGUCGCGGACUUUUUUGUAAAGCUAAAAGUAAUGAAUAUUCUUGCUAUAGAUUUUAUUCUUUUAUUUAAACCGUUUUGGCAGCGUAUUAUAGUAUUUUUGCCGAUUUCAACUAUAUUUAUUGUAAUUAUUUACUUACCAAAAUAAAAAGCACCUAUAGUAUAUAUACCUUUGUAACAGUACAAGAAUUUACAAAAUUGGAUUAGUACUACCGGAGAUUACCCCAAACAUCCACAUUCAGAAAUUUACCUCUAUAAUAUUAUGUAUAUAGAUUAUAGUUGUUUCUCUUAGUAAUUUUAUGUGCUGUUAUAUGCCUUAUCUAAUUGUAAUAAUAUGCCUAGGUGCAUUCUUAUUAAAUUUUUCAUUUUCAGAGAAUUCUGGCGUAGACUCCUCACUAAAUAAUAAUAGUAAUUAUUAUGGUUCCAUUACCCAUAAAGAGGGAUUCCAAUUGUAAAAUUUAAACGUAACGUACUGAUUACUUGCUGUAUGGAUAUAUUUUAAUUUGUAUCGUUACUUAUGAAUACGGUUUCAUGAGAUUUAUUGAUUUUCUUAUGAGUAUUAUCACACGUACUUGUUAUUACGAAUUCAUAUCAUUUCUUAUUAUGAAGAAAAUAAAUUUUGAUGUUAUCGAUUUAUCAAAAUUAAUUGAUUUUUGUUCAUGAAUAAAUUGUAAUAGAGGUAUGACUUGAACAUAAUAAUAUAAAAGAAAUACGCAUUUUUUAAUUGUACAAGCGUACCUCUAAAGAAGUUGUAGUGAGAUAUUUAGCCAGAGUUGGGUUUACCCCUGGCAUAUUGGUUAUGAGUAUAGAUUUUUAAUGGAAAGGUAUAACAAACCCAAACUGAAUUUGUAUUUACAAUGUGGAAUCGAAUUUUAAAUUAAUUCCUCAUGCUAUAAAUGUAAUUCCAAAAACUAAUUCAUAGGAAUUAAUAUUUAUAAUAUUAUCUUAUUGGUAAAAGUUAUUUAAAAUACUAUUGCUAGAUUCUUGUUAUACCCAUUCUGCUAUACUUGUAUGAUAUGACUGAAGUAAUGUUUAUGGGCAAUACAUCGACUAUUGUGUGAGAAUAUCACCUUUUGAGGUCAAAGGGUUAGCUGACCUUUGCUUUCCUUUCAAACCACAAAGUGGCAAUAAUUUUUAAAUUAUCCACACAUGAACUUGUGGUUUGAACUGUCACAGUUAAUGUAUAAUUGCAAAGUUAAUCGUUUGAAAGAUGUUAAAGAUCAUAUAAUGUGCUAUUCAAUGUAUUACAUUUUAUAGAUUUAAACAAUCUUGUAUUGUGAUAGGUAUGUUGUAAAUAAAUUCAUGGAAUUCUGUUAUUUUUAAUAUUUUAUCUAUUAUUCAAUUAUUUUCUUCCAUUGUAAUUGUAUAUCCAAUAAAUUUUAAUUAAUUA